AUGGAUCAGGACCCCGGUUUCAUUGCUGCCGUCGAGGAGGCCAAGAAAGGUGCUGCCGAGGGCGGCGUCCCCAUCGGCGCCGCGCUGGUCUCCAAAGAUGGAAAGAUCCUCGGCCGCGGACAUAACAUGCGCGUGCAGAAGGGCAGCGCCAUUCUUCAUGCUGAGAUGUCCGCGCUGGAGAGCUCGGGCCGCUUGCCGGCUUCGGCCUACGAGGGCGCUACCAUGUACACCACCCUCUCGCCGUGUGAUAUGUGCACGGGGGCCUGUGUGCUCUACAAAGUGAAGCGCGUGGUCAUUGGCGAGAACCAGAACUUCAAGGGCGGAGAGGAGCUACUGCUGAACCGCGGCAAGGAGCUGGUUGUGCUGGAUAACGCCGAGUGCAAGGAGCUGAUGGCUACGUUUAUCAAGGAGAAGCCGGAGCUGUGGUAUGUUCACUGUUUCUGA